GAGGCGUAUAGAAGUUUUCAAAGUGACUUCGUCAGCCAUCAUACACGCAUAAUGUAUGUGGCCGUUUUCUUUCUCUGUAUAUUACUGAGUGGGUCUCUCUCUGGACUGAUUCUGCCUAUGACAAAACCGGACGGUAGUACAGACCUUUCAAGCCUUCUAAGCCACGUCACCCUCCUCGAGCAGACUGUGACCGGCCUUCAGACAACCACUGUGCAACUACAAUCAGAUCUACAGUCCAACAAGGCACAGGCAGCUGCUGAGAUUUCUUCUCUGAAAGAUGAAGUGGUGUCCCUGAAGACGGAACUGCGGGUGUCAUCUAAUGACCUCGCUGUGUUGAAAGCAGAGGUGAAUGACAUGAAACGGGGUAAUAGUAAUGCUAAUACUCAAGUAAACCUAACAGUCUUGGAUUCAAUCAGCCACGAAGUCAAACUUAACACAGCACAGAAACAAUCCCUGGACAACAAGCACUCACUGACACAAGUCUCACAAGAUGUACAGUUGGUGUCGGCAGAUGUUCACACGGCAAAGAAUAAUAUCAGUCUGACAAUCUCAGAAGUCGCGACUUUGAAAGCUGACUUGGCCGUUGUACGAAAACAAGCUCUGGACAAUAAGCAGUUGGUGACGACACUUGGUAAGUUUUUGCUUAGCAUAUUGUUGGACAUUCAAUGUUUUUAUGUGCACUGUUUGGAGGCUAACAGUAUUUGAUACUGCUUUAUUUUAUACUAAUAUAUUUGACGUUUAGGUGAGAACUUAUGCAUUCAAGAUCAAGAAGGAUAAGUAGAAGAUAAUAGUUAAUAUAUCUCAUAUGCAUUUAAAAGUUCUCAAACAAAUUCAUUUGGGAAUAAUAAGGAUUCGUUAAGAUAAGAUAAGAUGAGGU